AUGAUUCAGAUUUUUACUGAGAAUACGGUUUCGCUGAGGCAGAUGGUGUGCGUAUCCAUCCAGGUAAUAUGCAAGCUGGUCUUCUACUUUAUUUUCGUCACAAAUAAACAUACGGAGAACCACAAGGCCAGGAUAAUCCUUUAUAUAUUUCUUGCGACAGACUUUUCUGCGGAUGUCAGCUGCACGGUUGAAGACAUAAAAUCUGACCGAACGGAAUUGGUAUAA